AGAAAAAUCGGGAAGAGCAUAUUGCAUCAACUACAAUUUGUUGUGAUCGUAAGGUGUGUAUAUAUUAUAUGUAAGGUUAUACUUAAAUGAUUCAUAUCAUUUGAUAUUACUAGAUUUCAGAGUGAUUUUGACGACUACUUAUUCUACAUUCGAGUUAUUGAUUCAGUCGAGAUGACAGUUCAAUUGAUAAUAAAGUCUGCAACACAAAGUGUUGACGACUUUACAUUGCCCUGUGAAAUGACAUGGACUAUUGGUUAUGUAAAAGAGCAACUAAGUACGAUGUAUCCAACAAAACCAAAAAAAGAAUAUCAGAAGCUUAUUUAUGGAGGAAGGCUUUUGCCUGAUGAUCUCUCUCUUGAGGCUGUUUUAAAUCCUACCCAAGAUGUACAUACUAUGCAUUUAGUGUGUCCAGUGUCUGCUGCACCAAAAUCACGGCAGAAUAAAGAGCCAACUGCACCACCUGUUUAUACAGCAUCUCCUCCUCCAAAUCCUGCAGGAGUUUAUCCACAAAUGAAUCCUCAAACAAUAGCAUCGGGUUUGAAUAGUAGCUUGUCAGGAUCAGGCUUGACUACCAAUGCUUUUCCUGACCCAACUCAGCAGUACUUGGUUAUGCAACAGAUGUAUAUGCAGAUGAUGUCUCAGUAUUUUGCUCAGCUUAAUGGCAGCAAUCCCUAUGCAUCUUUUUUUGCCAAUAAUCCACCUGCUCAACCUCCUCCAACAACUACUGCAAGGCCAAAUAUUCAACGUAAUAACAAUGCGAGACAAGUGGAGGAAGAAGAUAGGGACUACAUUGACUACCUGUAUGCUUUCAGUCGAAUAGCUGUCAUGGCUGCUGUGCUACUUUAUUAUUCCUCACCUACUCGUGUCAUAAUAGUUCUUGUCAUGAUGUGUUCACUUUCAAUGCUUGCUAAAAUGAUGCACAGACGAAGGCAUGAAGAGAUGCGGAGGGAACGCACAAGACAGCAAAAUGAAACUACUCAGCGAGCAUCAGCUGGCAACCAAAACUCUGGAAAUGAACAGGCACCCGAGACCACUGCUGGCUCCGAAUCGGCUUCUUCAGAACCACAAAAUACGAAUCAACCUGUUACUUCAGUGCCUUAUACUAUUUUUUGUAUCAUUACAUCAUUCUUCUCGUCUAUUAUUCCAAACAUACCAUUGCCCCCUGUAAAUGUCAAUUAACAUCAUGCAUGGUUCAUUUAUGUGUGUAUAUUGUGACUGUAUUUAUUUUCCUUAUCUGUAGUAGAAGGCUAAUAUGUUAAUCAUCAAUGUUACAGCAGUGCUGAAAAAAAAAUCAUUUUUCUGCACUUCCAAGUAGUGUUUCAUAUCUCAUCAAUUUUUGUUAUCCCAUCUAGUCUACUAUUUAUGUUUAUGGCACUUAGAGCUCGUUUGCGACAAUAAUUGGCAUGAAUUUUGUAUAUUUAUCUUCCUAGCUUUUGUUGUCAAUUGUACAAGGAGCAUCUGCAAUUUUUCGCAAUGUGAUAAUUGAGAUUUUUCUUUAUUUGUUGAUGUAAUAUUGGUGUAUACAGUUCUUACACAAGAUGUUAUUUAUUUGAGAGAUAUGGAAGAAUGUUCACUUUUUUGAGCUACUUAUGAAAGGUUCAGUGUCGUACAAGAAGGGGGAGGGGAGGGCAUUGCUUGCUUUUGAACUUGCUUCCGUGUGCUCUGAUUUGUAAAUAAACUGUUUUUAAACUGUGGA